CAAAAAAUUGAAACAACAACAGGAACAAACAAAAUAAACAAAAUUUGCUGAGACAAAACACCGGUCUCGCUCGGGGUUUUUUCAAAUUUUCUGCUGAAAAUGAGCUCAAUUUUCCAUUUUAUAUUCGACGAGGACGUGACGGGAUACAAGAUGAUUAUCCCGUCUGUCUCGAUUGGCAACGUGGGCCAGUUGGCCGUCGACAUCCUGAUCGCCACCGUGCGGCCACAGAAAUGGGCCGUGGCGUGGCACCCAGCCCUUGUGCCGAUCGUCGGAGGAGACCCAUACGACUAUUCCACCAACGAAAUCGCCACCGCCUGCGAACUGUACGUCUCCAAAGAGAACAAGUUGGUUUUUCUUCAGCUCAGAUCACCUCUGGCUAAGGAGCACGGGAAAGACUUUCUGGAAAAGUUGGCCGACUGGACCAAGGAGAGAAAGUUCAGUGAAGUCCUGAUAGCAGCAUCUCUGGCAGCUCACGAAAGAUUUGGACCUCAGCUUACAGGCCAACCUUUCAGAUACCUGACCACUAGUACUCAGGUUGAUCCUGCAAUUUCCAAGUGGGGACCUGCUUUGGAAAAAAAGCAGUUCGAUUUGAUCGGAGGUGCAAGUGAGGACUAUGUCAUGAUUGGUUCUGGUUUUGCCAAGUUGCUCUUUAAAUAUUGCUCUUCGAGAGGAAUUCAAACUUCCGUUCUGAUGAAAUUCUGUGACGAAGGCUUUAAUGACACGGAUGCUAAUCAACUUGCCAGUUUCAUGAAUUCUUGGGCCAAAGUGGUUCCUCCAGAAUCAAAAUGGAGACUCCCACCAUCCUGGAGCCACCUUGUUGGAAAUGGUCCUCCAUUGGGAAUGUUUUAAAGAACCAAAAGUCUUGGAUUUAAAAUGUAUUGUGCGGAACUUCUACUUUCGAUAAAAUAAAUUGAUUUCUUGUACGAAACACAA